CAGAACUGAGGGUGAACAGAAAGACAAAGGAGAAAGGGAGUCAGGAAACAUCGGAUCAGCAGUGUGGACAUAAAGCAGCGACUCAAGAUCAGGACUCUGGGCAGCGCAGCGGAGAGAACCAAAGCAGACAACUUUCUCUAGCGCACAUGUAUAAAGCGAUGGUACAACGAACCCCCCACCUGCUUCUCCUAAUAGCCCUGUGCAGUGUGUUGUAUUCCCGGACCCUGAGUCUACCGCACACAUCUAUAAGAGCAACGAGACAUGCAGACGGUCUGUUCACCAGCGGAUACAGCAAGCUCCUGGGACAGCUAUCAGCGCGGAGGUACCUGGAGUCUCUGAUUGGAAAGCGGGUCAGUGAUGAGCUGAUGGACGAGCCAGUGAAGCGUCACACAGAUGCUGUCUUUACAGACAACUACAGCCGCUUCCGCAAACAGAUGGCUGUGAAGAAGUACCUGAACUCAGUCUUAACAGGAAAGAGAAGCCUAGAAGAUCCUGUAACCAGCGAGGAGUCCAGGGAUGAACCCAACACCUUGCAGGAGAGCUACGAUGACAUAAACGUAGACCAUCUCCUAAACAACUAUCAGCUGGCACUUUGAGGGGAAGCCCAUGUUCGAGUGAAUACCUCACGUCAUCCUCAUGAAACCGCUCAUUCAAAAAGCACGACAGUAUUAAUCCAAAGGACAUUCCAAAGUCAGAUCAACCAACAACGAUGUGUUCUCCAAUGUGGUUAUCUAUCUGUUCAUCUACACAGUACAUGUUUACACUGUAUAUAUACACAAUGCUAAUCACUAAAGGUUUUUCGGGCCACACUGAACAACAAGCAUGUUUGAAUUUAGCAAAUGGCAACAGCAGAUAUAAAAAGCAUAAAAACCAUUUCUAUGGAACCACAGUAGUUUUCAAGUUAGGAGAGAUUUGUCCCAUCAACUUUCAGUUGAACAUUUUAGCCAAUGAACAUUAAAAGAAGAGUUUUAUUUAAUGGCAUACCUAUUGAUUUUCAGUGGAUCUACUGCAACUGUAGCUUUUCUGACCAAUAAAUAACUUUGAAUGGAAGCUAAAUCUGAUUGAAUUCUCACAAAGUUUCUCAGACAAAGGUUUAAUUUUUAGUGGAAAAUCUAUCCAAGAAGCUUUGUAAGGAACACUGGCCACAUUGGCUUUGUGUAGAACUUCUAAUUUGUGGGAAUUUAAAUUGCACAAUCAAGUUUGAUUAAAACAAUAACAACAUUGGCCAGUCAAAUUUUAUUUACACACUGAACAUAAGGAUUCCCGUCUGAAUUUCAGUCGGUAUAUUUACUUUGGUUUUAGAUGGUUUUGGUUUUUCAGAUUAACUUUGAAUGGAGCAUCUGUGUGAUUGAAGUCUGAGUAGUUUCAUUAACUGUCACUGGAGCAUUGUUACAAGUUCAGUGGAACAUUAACACUGUUAACUUUUAGUGAAAUUUCAGCUUUAUGCAAAUUUCAUCAUAAUAUUUGUUACAUUUUGAUUUUAAGAGUAAUUUUUUCUAUUUUUGUUUUUGUUCUGUUGUUUUCAAUGGAUAUCUUCCCUAAUGUCUAAUGGUACAAUGUUUCCAUUAAAUUUGAUUAAUCAGUGAAACAGUUGACCUGUUGAAUGUUAAUGAAACUGCAUUGGUUUUUAUGUGUUUAUUUUUAAUUUUAGGGUAUCUGCCAUCCUUUGAGAUUUAAGUAAAUUAUUGGUCCAGUCAACUAUAAAUGGAACAUCUGAUUUAUUUGGUUUUUAUCCAAUGGUGCAAUUUGAAAAUUGUUGCUUCAUAAGCGUUCAGUUGACCCAUUUACUGUCAGUAGAAGAAUCGUCAUCUAGAACUACAGUGGAAGAUUUGAUCGAUUUUUGUUUCAACGGGAUGAUUUCAAUUAUUAUAUAAAAUUAAACACAGCUAUAUGUUAAAAAGGGGAUUCGUGGGCAAUGUGGACACAUAUUGAAUAGACACAGAUGCAUAUAAUCACUUUACAUUAUUCAGUAUGUAGAGCAAAGAAGUCAUAACUGUGCAUAGACCUGCCUUUAGCAUAUAUAGUGAUGUAUACCAGUUACCAAAUAAAGAUUUUGGUUUAUUUUUCAAA